UUAACUUUUGCCUCUCUCAAGGGCCGUCACCCGCCACCACCACCACUAUCACUCUUUAUUUUUUUUUUUUGGUACGAAGAGAAAUGCAGAGACUUGCUCUCCCAUAAACGCGCGAGAUUUCCUCACUUGUUCGGUCGCCGGAGACCGAGAUCUCUUUUUCUUCACGACUUAGGGUUUUGCUGAUCGAUGGCAUCCGAAGAUGUGAAGACAAGCGAAUCGGCUGUUACGACGAUCGUCAAUCUGGCGGAGGAGGCUAAGUUGGCUAGAGAGGGAGUCAAGGCCCCGAGCUAUGCUGUUCUUAGUAUCUGCAAGUCUCUUGUCGCCGGUGGUGUCGCCGGUGGAGUGUCACGAACAGCUGUUGCUCCAUUGGAGAGGUUGAAGAUAUUGCUCCAGGUUCAAAAUCCCCACAACAUAAAAUAUAAUGGAACAAUUCAAGGUUUAAAAUAUAUAUGGAGAACUGAGGGUUUUCGUGGAUUGUUUAAAGGCAAUGGUACUAACUGUGCUCGUAUUGUCCCAAACUCAGCAGUGAAGUUCUUCAGCUACGAGGAGGCUUCUAAGGGAAUAUUGUGGCUGUAUCGACAGCAAACUGGCAAUGAGGAUGCUCAACUCACUCCUCUUCUACGCCUUGGAGCUGGAGCAUGUGCAGGAAUAAUUGCAAUGUCUGCAACUUAUCCCAUGGACAUGGUACGAGGCAGGCUCACUGUACAGACUGUGAAUUCACCUUAUCAAUAUAGAGGAAUGUUCCAUGCUCUAUCAACUGUGCUUCGGGAAGAAGGUCCAAGGGCUCUGUACAAGGGCUGGCUUCCUUCUGUCAUUGGAGUUAUCCCAUACGUGGGUCUCAACUUUGCUGUGUAUGAAUCGCUAAAGGAUUGGUUGGUUAAAACUAAACCAUUUGGACUAGUUCAAGAUUCUGACUUAAGUGUGACUACAAGGCUUGCUUGUGGGGCUGCAGCUGGAACUGUUGGUCAAACAGUUGCCUAUCCACUUGAUGUUAUUCGCCGGCGAAUGCAGAUGGUUGGAUGGAAAGAUGCUGCUUCUAUUGUCACUGGUGAUGGGAGGAGCAAGGUCCCCCUUGAGUAUAGUGGCAUGAUUGAUGCGUUCAGGAAAACUGUUCGGUAUGAGGGCUUUGGAGCAUUAUAUAAGGGUUUGGUACCCAACUCUGUAAAGGUAGUCCCAUCCAUUGCAAUUGCAUUUGUCACAUACGAGGUUGUGAAGGACAUUUUAGGAGUUGAGAUCAGAAUAUCGGACUGACUCAUGGGAUCCUCCCUGAUGUUUGUUGGUCAAGUGUGCUAUUUUUGUAGGCAAGGGAAUAAGGGGAAGGUAAAUUAGGGUAAUUUUCUUCCACAUUCUAUGGAGUUCAAAGAUGAAUUUAAGGCCAUGUGAUAAAUUGAUUUCCCUUCUGUUUCCUUGGGAACAUGCUGUAGCUUUUAGCUUCUUUUAGAUUAUCCCAAUAAGAUGUCGAGGCAACAAGCCAGAGAAAUGAACUCAGCAAUAAUACAUAGUUAUUGAUUUGUUUUCC